UGUUCCCGACGCUUUUUUUUUGAUCCAGCGGGGCCAAGACAAUAUCAAUAUGUAUUUUGAUGAUUGGGAUUCUUCAUCCGAGGGAAAGUUAUGCACUGCUCGUCCUGGCGCUGCAUCGAGCAGUGCAUUGAGCGUUGCCAUCGAGCCAUCUGCAAAGAUCCAAAAUUCUUUCUCAUUUUACAUAAAUUUCAAAACAAUGGAGGUGGAUCACCAAAAAUUCUUUUACACGCAACGUGUGCUUAUUACCAUAGAAUUUCUGGGAUUUUUUAUCAGAUAACCUCUGAUAUAUCCCAACCAGGGAAAAGUAUGGCUUUUUGGAUGUGGAAAGCCGCGCUUGCGGCAACUGCGGUGGCGCAGAGCGACUUCGAGAAUGAUUUCGAAGAGAGCGUCAUGGUGCGUUCUUUGGCAGCCAAUGCCACCAUGUGCGGGAACAACUGUUUCUUGGCGAACAACGUGUGCCUGUCCGGGUUGACCAGUGCAUGCUGCGAUGCCGCCAAGUUGGUUACCGUGGAAGUCAUGGCCGAGGCUGGGUACUCCGCUUCCACCUUCGCCAGCCACGGAAUCACCGCCUGUCCGGUUGCCAACCAGUGCAUUACCUACGGGCCCCUUGCUAGUACUUUUUCUUUGUUUGGUGUAUGAAAGUGAAAGAUUUUGAGUGCUCGGUGUCAUUGGCUUUCCCGCUCUGUUAAGAGUACAUCACGACUUAAGAGUGUAUGACGACUGGUACUGCAUCCUGCGUACUUAAUGUGAAUGUGAUCUACCUACGAAUGUUGCAGUUUCACACUAUACUGGUAGUGACGUUCAAUUGAAAAACAUCUGAUCAGAUUUGAUUCCGGCGCAGGACACUGCCGCGGCUCAGAAGACUGCCCUUUGCAACACCAACGAUGCGUGCAUUAACAGUGUCCGUACCGCUCUUAACUCUGUUGCGUCUGGUGCUGUGAAGACCUUGGUCUCAACAAAGUUGGGACCAAGUUCAACCACGCUCUCGGCGAGCAAUUACUGCGCCACGUGCAUGUACUACUCGAAUGGCGGCCUGGCUACGGCGGGACAAUACGGUCCGAAAACGCAGAUCUUCGGGUCGGGCAAUUGCUGCCAGGCAAUCCAGGAUGUUUCAAGCGUUGCUGCGUUCAGCAUGGGAACGCUUGCCUCUGGAUUCGCUUCCGGAACGGUCAACUCGACGUGCCGCACCCGCGAUGGAAACUGUGUCAACGAGAACUCCACGAUGUCCGGGCCCGCGCCGUAUUUCUAUGGUCUUGCUCCGACGUCCUUCUGGGGCGCUGGUCACAGCGUCGGAAACGCUUCCAACAUGACGAUUCCAUGGGAAGCAUACGGUAUUUGUGCUUUUUCAACGUGAUCAAAGUCAUUUGAUCGGCACCAGGUCGAGGUCUUUCUGUGUUGAAGCAGCUAGUUGUUGCAUAAUAGUAGCACCGCAGUAGACAGCUUCAGUUCGAAUAGAUCUCGCAGCAGUUUUUCCGUACUCGAUCUCGCAGCAGUUUUUCCGUACUCGAUCUCUCGCAGCAGUUUUUCCGUACUCGAUCCAGAUUUCGACUUCCCAUUCGCAAGGUAACCUGCCGUCGCAAGCGACGUUUACCGCCGGUGUUGCCGAGCUGUGCAAGAACGGUAUGGCGUGCCCGCGAAUGGCAUACGGCGAAAUGGGGGCGAACUUUGCUUCGCAUGCAGGAAAUGGUGGCGUAAUCGCAAACGCGAUUGCACUGGAGAAUGUCUGCAAUCUGCUGUACUACCCCGCCGCCCCCAGCACGCCCUGCAUCAUUGCCAAUUUGAACGUCGGCGUGUUGCAUUACUCGGCGUGCAUGGCUGCCCAGGUCCUGGCGGUCGUUGCGCUGCAGGCCAACUCGACCUCCGCCGCCGUCAUGGCCGACGUCGGCGCCACGGACUGCUGGGUUGCUCAGGGCGUUAUGCCGGAUAAGACCGUCGCGUGGAGCAGCGGGAACCCGGGAUGCGGUUCUGAUGGAGUCACACCAACCGCCGCUGCUGUCGCGACAUCUCGAACUCUCAUGUGCGGGGCGCAAGGAUCGCAAUUGGCGGCACUCCGUACUUUCGUUGACACGGACACCCACUUGAUCUCCGUGGCACUGAAGGGCUACUUGGGCACGAAUGGGUAUUGAUGCAAGAAUAUACUCACCUUCACGGAUUUUCAAUGUCCUCAUCCUUUUCGUUAUGAUUUUGCCGUUUCAAUAUUUCAUGUGGUGUGCACAAAUGCAAUUUAUAUUUACGCUGUCGCGUUUGGGAGUCAAUUGAAACUCAACUGGAGUGGAUUUUGUCGAUGCGACUCGAUCUCUACAUUGUUAGAUCUUGCACUGCGGAUAUGUUGCCUAAUUGCAAAACCUAACAUCAGCACCUCCACGGACUUUUGCCUGGACCCCACCACUACGACCACCACCACGACUGUCGUGGCCGACAGCUCCGCCCCCACUCAGGUCACCAAGCACACCACGGCCGUUGCGUUGUCAGUUGACUUGCCCACCACCCUGACCGCUACGGAGAAGACCACUUUGAAGACCGCCAUUGAGACGGCCUUGCACGACUCCUGCUGCGGACCCGUCGUUGGCUCCGGCAAGCCGUUCUCCACCUUGACGGCCUGCAAGUCCACCGCUGGAGAGGGCGGCGUCACUAGUGCCGUGGCAAUGUCUUGGUCGGGCAUCUUAGCCACCCGUCAGCGUCGUAUGUUGGCUGCCGUUCCGGUCACUGGUAACUUCGAGUUGUCGUCCACCGACGCCACCAAGAUCACCAACGCCAAGAAUGACAUGGUCGCGGCCACAUCCGGUGGGUCCCCGACUUUGACCACUGCCGCCAUCGCCACUGCCGUGACCUCCGGUAUCAACACCGCCGUUGCGGGAACGUCCCUGGCCUCGCACAACUUCACCACCACGGUGUCCACGUUGACGGUCCCCACUACCACAACCGUCGUCUCCGUUGGUGGUGGUGCGACAAGCAGCGCCUCCGCCUUGGCCACCGGCUUCGCCUCGUUGUUCGCGGUCGUCGCCGCCAUUGCCUUCUUGUAAGUGCGUGGAGGACUGGAUGCUUUAUUUAUCACUUAGUUUAGCGUAGUUCUUCUUCUUCUUGUCGUUUCUUCAGUUUUUGUUUCGUCGUUUACGUAGUUUGAAACACAUAUGGUAGAAGCCCCUGCCCUUCCGACUAGCGUAAGGUGCAUUGAAGCCUUGUCACAGAAUGGGUCGCGAGUAAGCGACAUGCUGAAAGCUUCGCAUUUUUGUCGCAAGCGCUGCUGAGAUUGUUGUUUGCAAAAAGCAGCAGAGACAGCGGAUGCGCCACUCGCGCAUGUACCAGACCUAUCACAAGAAAACUUUCUGUUUCAUCAUCAAAAAAGUAGGAUGUAAGUUAAAACUAAAUGAUGACGAUAAUAACAACGUACAUCUUAGUACCGGUCUGAGUCAUCCAUGGCAUUAUCUCAGCUUGCGGGCAUGCAUGUUGCUUUGAUGCAAAAUCAAUGGCGAUCAUGCAUAUUUGCCAGGCGAAGUACAUGAUAUAUAAGUGCGUUUGUUACAGUUGCUGUUUCCGUAGCAAGAGCCUGCUAUAGACCGUAGGUGCUUUCAUUCCGUCAGACCAGGUCUAUUUACUCUUGUCGCACGUCACACAGCCCUGGCGCAAUAACAUGUCUGUCUUAUCAGCACAGGUUUAGUUUGUUGCCCUGUUGGCUCGCAUGCGACACUCCAAAUACCUUUCGAGGCAUGUUUUGCUCUGCCUUGACUUUUCUUUUCGAAAGUGGUCACAGAAAUGUGGACCACUUUUGACGAACUUGUGCAGUCCGUGCCAAUGAAUCUUUUCAAAGCGCACACAUCUGCUUUACAUGCAUUGCGACGUGGGAAAAUAACUUUACACAUGACUCAUUACGGAAGCGGAAUCGCGGAAGGUGAGGAUCCGUGUUUCGCCUUCUCGUGAGCGGCAAGCGUAUGCUGUAGAUGUUUGUGCGUGUGUAUCAUAAGCAGAGAACGGAACUGAAUUGCAGCACUGGAACCGAAUGAGAUGAAUGUGGAGCUAUUGAUGUUGAGCUUUUCUGCUCUGAUCCUGGAGAGACAGAGUGAGCGACGAAUGCGAGAACAAAAAGUGUGCGUCUUCAUUCAACAUAUUGAUUUUUACCUCAACCAAAAACCGUAGGGGAACAAGUGUUGUUUACAACAAAAAACUCAAUCACAAUGGCCAAGAUGAUGAAGAUGAUGGCGGCCCCGGCCCCGGUCAUGAAGAAGAUGUCCAUGAAGAAGAUGAUGGCCAUGAAGAAGAAGUAAAUUUCUUCUCGGCCUCUCUUCAGAUGACAAUCUUUUGAGAAUGUUCUCCUAGGAACAGCCCAGCGCUCCUGCUCGUAGUGUUAUCUAUGGCGGUCGUAGCUAAAGCUGGCGCAUGAUGUGUUAGUAGUUUAUCGACGCGUCGUAGUAGUCUACGCGCUACGUGCUACUAUAGGAACUACACUGCGAAAGGCGCAGCAAUUUCUGCGUGCAGCAUUGGAAUUGGUUUUCGUUUUCAGCGAUUGAUGAGGAGAGUGCAUAAAGGAUGAGUGUCAGUUUCAUCAAUUGAUUGAGCUACAACUAUGAUAAGCACAACCGAACAUCACUAAAGCAAAUACUCGUAGAAAACAGAAAGAGAGGGUGGUAAACCUCGAAAACGCAAAGCAGACGUGGGAGAGAGGAGACGACAAAGUGAUGUUUUGCGGGAGGAGUCUAUGCGUACAUCGUUACAUGACAAUCAAUGACUGCACUGCUCAACAAUCUUUAACCUUCAAUCAAAAACCGUAGGGAAACUGUGUUGUCUGACAACAAAAAAACUCAAUCAAGAUGGCCAAGAUGAUGAAGAUGAUGGC